UAUAGGAUAUCAUAUUUAGAAACAAAACGGAAAAAACGCGAAGAGUUGUGUUUGGAUUUUUCAACGUUAAAAUUCUUCACUCAAUGGUUUACUUGACUUAUUUGUUUACAUGACGUGCCGUGUCUGUUUACCUUUUCUUUUCUGAAGUUUUCAGUAUUUCAUAUCUGAAUAAAAAUCCUUUCGUUUAUCAAAAAUGAGUCAAGCUCUUCGACCAACUUCCCUUAUAGUUGCUGAAAUAUUUACCGAUGUCGGUGUAGCGUUUACAAGACUUGGAGAACUAGAAAUGCUGCUGAAUCCCGAAAAUGAGACUAAAUAUAAAAUAUCUGAAACAGACCUGCUUGCUUUAAGGCAAGCAAUAAUGAAGUUUGGAGAAGACAUUGACAAAAUUUGCCAACGAAUAAAAGACCGUACUUUGCUGCAAAUCAGGAGUAGCAUGAAGAGACAUGCUUAUGAAGAAGCGGGAUUACCUCUAAGAAAACAACAAAUAAUAUCAACUCCCAAGCCUGCUGUUUCUCAAGAAAAAGUUCGAAGUGCUAGCGUACUAUCGCAAUCUACCGCAAAAUCUGCUGAUAUUACAUUAAACAUGCUGAAUGCCACAGAGCAAGAAGUGGAUGUUGAAGGACUUUCUGCUGCUGUUAAGCUGGAGUAUGAUAGUACUGAUAAUUAAGGCCUUUUCUUUUUGUAAAAAGUUUAAUCAUACACAGACUGCAUCAUUCAACUAUGUUUUUUUUAAGGAUAUUCUCUUUCUCAAUGUAUAUCUGCAAAUGUAUGUUCCAUUACCCAUGAAAAUAUAGUGAUAAAAACGUAAUGUUUCAUCGGGAAGUAAAUGUGUUUUUGAACUGCCCAUUUCAUUAAAAUACAGUUUCAUCAUACACAGACUACAUCAUUCAAUUAUGUUUUCUUAGAGGAUAUUCUCCUUCUCAAUGUGUAUCUGCAAAUAUAAAUGUAUAUUCCAUUACUCAUAAAAAUAUAGUGAUAAAAACGUAAUGUUUCAUCAGGAAGUAAAUUUGUUCUUGAACUGUCCAUUUCAUUAUAAUAAAAUAAAUCAUAAGAAAUGUCUUUAUUAUGAAGUUUGUAUGAUGUUUUUAAUUUUGUAUUUCUUAAUUGUGGUUUUCAAUAUUCUCAUUAAUCUGUUCAUAAUAUCUGAUAUCAUAAACUUUAAUGCUAAUAUCAGAGAAUAGGAAAUUAAUGUUGAAGGUUUUUAACUACAUUAUAGUUUGAAUGCAACAUUAAUGUUAAUUGAAACAUUUUUAAAAGGUUUAUUCUUUAAAAAUUAUCUUAGUUCCAUCAUAAAAACUAAUUCACUUGUUUUCGUUUCUUUCAUAUGUGUACCAGCUGUAUGUAAUUUCACAAAAGCUGUAUAUGUUUUCCUAUCUGUGCAUGCUGCAAAAUAAUUACCAAGUUUUGGCAACUUCUGAGCAUUGGAAUGUAAGAAAAAUAAAAGCUCAUUAGCCUCUU